UAGCUGCUGAGUAAACAAGAAGUAGGUUCACUUGUGAAAUCUGCACCAGAACAUUCUAUCCCACAACACAGAAAUAGUUGUAUCAUUUCAUUCUUUAAGUUUUCACCCUUGACUGCUGAGAGGAAGCCUUAUUUGCCAACAAAGGCACUGCUGUUGAGUCCAGGUGCUGUUUCUGUCAGACUUACACAGAGGGAAUACUUUCCAGUUGCAAUUGCUCUUUCCUAUCCUGUCUGCCUCAUCAGUGCAGUUGGAAUGUUGCGUGACUGACUUAUUUAUAGAAGCAGCCAAUCAAAAUAACUAAGCCUGAGCUUCAAUGAAGACAAACACUUGUGCUGGAGACCGAUAUACUGCUACACUGACUUUCUAUCAAGAACCCUUCUGAGGACUCAAAUCCUGACUUAAGUCCAAAGAAGACAUAAAGAAGCAAGAAAGGGAUACCUAGAAUCACCAUACUGUCUUUCUACUAAAAUAGAUUGUUAUAUUUAAAUUCAAAAACCAAGAGCCAGUGAAAUGUCAGAUGGUGAAGACAUUGGAGAAGGAGUGAGCUGGGAAGUAAUCGAUUCCAGACAGGAGAGCAGGCCUGGAGUUAUUCAAAUUGUUUCUGAGUCAUGGAUGAGUUGUAGUUUAUUCUUCCAGGAAAUGUCCUCCUUUAAACAACAAAACCCUGGCAAGUUUUGCCUUCUCGCCUGUAGCUUGUGCACAUUUUUCGCUGUCCUUGGUCAUUGCAUUCCAGGAGUUCUAAUUUCCUAUUUUGUAUUGCUGUGUGCCUUUGUAUGGCCAUUGUUGUCAUCUCAUGAGUUUGGUCAAAAAUUGUACAGUAGGAUCGAACCAGUUCUGCAGAAGCUGGAUUUCGGCGUUGGAGAUUUUCUCCAGAGGCUAAAAGAAAGACACGAAAAACUAAAUGUCAAAAGUACUGAAGGCAACAGUGAAGCUGAAAUAUCUGCCCUUUGUCCUAAGAUGAACCCCUUGACCAUGUGCAAGGAGCUCUCAGUAUCUGACACAGAGGCAUCUGAGGUGUCUUGGACUGACAAUGGAACAUUCAACCUGUCAGAGGGUCAUACUCCUCAGACAGAAAAUUCAGAUGAUCUUGACCGUCCAAGUGACCAUGAAGAAAUCUUCUGCAGUGGGCUCUCCGAGUUCCCAUCUCUGGACAAUGGAGCAGAAACGAAUGGCGACGACGAAGACUUGAGCAUUGGCCUCCCCACUCACCGCAGCCGAACCAAGAAACCAGACCGGCAGCACACAAGCAGCAGCGAGGGGCGAUUCUCAUUACCUCCGAGUGGCGAUCGGACCCUUGAUCUCGUCAAUGCCAUGGCAGGAGAGGUAAUUGCUGCUGCGGUGUCUGCAGCCAUUAGAGAACAGCUACUUCCCUCCCAUUCCGAGACACCCCCUCAACCCACUGCACCGGCCAUUGGCUCCAGCGAGGAAACGGAUACUGAGGAGGCAGAUGACUUUGAACUGCUGGACCAGUCUGAGCUGGAGCAGAUUGAGAGCGAGCUGGGACUGGCACAAACAGAGGCAGAGACGAAAAAAGCAAAUCCGUCAGGCUUUCUUUCCAAUCUGCUCGGAGGCCAUUGAUCACAUAAAUGCAGUGCCAAUAGGAUACAAGACCUAGGAGUUGCCCAUUGUGGAAAGCAGCACAACUGAAGGAAAUUGUGUUUUCACUUGUUGAUUAUGGGGUUUCAUUGUCACAGGGCUAUGUUUGAUAAUCUACUGAUCUAUUUCAUGUCUGCUAUACAGUAUGUAACUCCAAGAUGAAGAAUUGCCAGUACUAUUUCUAGAUUGAUAUAGGAAUGUCUACAUUAUAUUUUAGCCUAUAGUUUUAACAGUUCUAACCUGUUAAACAUGUUAACCCUCAAUCACUAAGUCCUAGUUAAUAAGGUAAUUAUAAUUAGUGAUUAAUAGAUUCUUCACAGCAAGCACUCCAAUAUAUUCAUGUUUGUUUCAUUAAACCAUAUUUUUCAACUUUAAUUUUCAUCCAAUUGAUGACUGAUCAAUAAAGCAGAGACCUUACCAGUUCUGUACAGUAGUCAAAAAGGACCCCUUUAUUUUUUUCUUCACUAUCCAGCUUCCUAAUACUGUUGAUCAUUAGUCCCUCAAUAGACGACAAUUCAAUUUUUAAAUAGUCUUGCAUUAAAACAAACAAAAAUAUAUUGGAAUUUAAUGCUGGGUAGACUUGAUUUCCAGGUAUUCAUUACUUAAUUACCUUUACUUGGAGCCAAUUCUAUUGUUUACUGCAAAAACAGUCUAUUAAAAACUAUUUAAAAAGCUACAUUCAAACAACACUUUCAAAUGUGUUGUGGUUCUUGACAUUAAUAUAGUAGCCUUUGUGUUGGUUUGUGUAUAUCUACUCGCUUCUGGUGAAAUGACAUUGCUACCUUAUGUAUGUGCCUUUUGCAUCUGGAACAGUUGAAUGAGUAACAGUUGAUUCAAAACAUGUUUAUGCGUUAAAGCACAAUUCAGAGUAGGUUUUUUCCAGCUUUCUGUUUGUGCUUUCAUCUUCCACAGUAAAGUGGCUUGUACUGAACUUAGCCUAGACCUAAACUACAUACGCAGAACACAGAAUGUAUGUAAUGUAUCUAUAUCUGGUAAUGCCUUCAUGAAAUCUGAAUAGUGAAUUCACUUUCUAGACAUGAACACAAAUUAAUAUAAAUCGGUAAGAGGAUAAAAAAAAAAACAUAUUACUGUAAUAAUAAUAAUAAUAAUAAUAAUAAUAAUAAUAAUAAUAAUAAUAAUAAUAAUAAUAAUAAUAAUAAUAAAACUUACAUUGCAAUUGUGUUGAUUUUGCACUUACAGGAAUGAGAUCUCUUUGAAACAGAAUGUAUAAAUCAUUUAUCAAUGUGGUAAAAAAAAAGAAGAAUAAUCAUAAUUUGCUGUUACAAAAUGUAUUACAGACAUAGCUGUAUUACAUUUUAACGACAUUGUAACGAUCUUGUUACAAAGACUGGAAUUUUAUAUCCAUGCGUAGCACUUUAACAAAAAGCAUCUACCUUAUUAAUUAAUAGGAUAUUGUGAUGGUGGGGAAACAUAGUUACAUACUGGCAUUUAAGAAAGAAAGCUUGUGUUUGUUUCCCUAUUAUGGGAUGUAAUUGUAUUUUUCACCACUUUAUGUACAGCAUUUAAAUUUUGUUUAAGAAUGUUAGAGCUGGAGUUUUUAUUUUUUAGUUUGUUUCACUGUAUUCUGUUCUCUUUUAUAAAUAGUGUUAUUAAGAUCUUAUGUAUUAUUCAAUGAGAAUAAAAAUGAGAAAUAAAAUACUACUAGGAA